CUCGGGCAGGUCGAUGCGCAAGUGUUUUCUGCACGCUCUAAGUAAGCAGGCGGCCGUGGAGAGCGUGUGUGUGUCGAUUGUUUUUCGACAAUUGCAACCGACCGCACUCGCACACUCUGUUUUCUUGGCUCUCUUGAUUUGCUCACCGUACUCGGUGUGUCUCUCUACUCGACGUGCAAUUGUUCUAACGCGGUAACCGACGGGAGGACUCUGGAUUAUUUGACCGCCGAUUUUUUUUCAAACUGGUGGUGAUUGUGUUUUGUUUUUAUUUUUGUUCGUUAUUAAGAGUGGUGACUAUUUUUUGGUGAUGUGAAUAUUUGAGAAUUAUAUUUUGGAAACAAGGAAAACAAAUUAAUCAAACUUUGAAGGACACGAAUGUUAUAGCAAACAAAUCCGAACAAAAUCGAAAGACAGCAGAGCAGCCAGUAACUACCUCAAAAACAAGAAGACUCCAAACAAAGACAAAUCCUCAGAAACCAAAGUGCCACAGAUCUUAAAUGCUAACAAGAUAGCAUUGACAUAACCUCGCACGACGUGCGCCAUCUACCGACACGUUCCCAAAAGGCCCCACCAUUGGCGUAGAAAUAGCCCCUUCACUUUGCCCAAUGGGGGGCUUCACCUCCCCAGAGCAGCAAUAUGCGCUGCGCUGGAACGACUUCCAGUCAUCCAUGUUGACGCACUUUCGACAUUUAAGGGACGAGGAAGACUUUGUUGACGUGACGCUGGCGUGUGACGGCUGUUCGUUUACUGCCCACAAGGUGGUGUUGUCGGCGUGUAGCCCCUAUUUUAAGAGGUUGCUGAAGGCCAACCCCUGCCAACAUCCGAUUGUUAUCCUUAGAGAUGUCCAAGAAAAAGAUAUGGAGAGCUUAUUAAGGUUUAUGUAUAACGGCGAAGUACACAUAGGCCAAGAACGGCUGUCGGAUUUUAUAAAGACUGCACAAAUGUUACAAGUCAGGGGACUGGCUGACGUAGCACCUGGAAAUGCCGGCCAAAGACUGACAACGGCUCCCGAUGACAAGAUUUCUCCGACGUCUUCAUCGUUACCGUGGGCUACAGACCGACACGAACCACGAAACGAAGACGUUUCCUCACCUCCCACAAAGAGAGCGCGCAGUUCGGAUCGGAUGGGUAAUUACACGCCCGAUAGGGGGCGCAGCCCAGCCAGAGUUGUUAGUGGCAAUAACGGUCCCGAAGCAGAAUCAGAAACCCUCCUAGGACAAGCCCUAGAAGGAUCUGGUACGCCUAUGAUUAAAGAGAAAGGCAAUUCAGAAUCAUCAAUACAAGCCCAGUCGACGGGCGAAGACAGCAAUAGUAGUGAUACAGCCAUGAGCGACCAUGGCGACGAUCCUGUUACCCCAAAGACUGAACCAUCCGAAUACCCCAUGUUAGACGAUCAUCAUCCAUUUAGCACGAACGGCGGAAUCAUGGACCCCACGCGGGGGCCAGGCGGAUUUCACAACGCACUUUUAGGACUUCAAGGAUUAGGAGGACUUAUGCCAGGACCUUCGGGAAUGCACAAUAGUCCGGAUAAUUUUGUUUCAAGGCGAUCUAUGGACAUGUUGAGAGUACGAGCGACUGACCCACGACCCUGUCCCAAAUGUGGAAAGAUCUACAGGUCCGCCCACACCCUGCGCACACACUUAGAAGAUAAACACACGAUAUGUCCCGGUUACAGGUGCGUCCUGUGCGGAACCGUCGCGAAAUCCAGAAACUCCUUGCAUUCGCACAUGUCACGACAACACCGAGGCAUCAGUACAAAAGAUCUUCCCGUCCUUCCAAUGCCUGCGCCUUUCGAUCCAGACCUUGCCAGCAGAACUUUUUCCAGAUUACUAGCCAAAGCUGGAGUGAAAAUCAGUCCAGCAGAGCUUCGCGCUAGAGCCUCCCCUACAGGUCCCCGUCGAUCUGAUGUGAAAUUAGACGCCAAAAGUGCAUACUCAGGAGCAGCUUCGGAAGCUGGUAGUUCCAUCUGUGGCGACAAUGAUCCAGAAGACCUUACAAUGUCAAAUCAAAGGUACGGGGGUCUCGACUUCGGUCUCUCACCUCCUAUGCACCAACAAAACCACUUCAAGAUGAACAGGGCCGGACAAGCAGUAGCAGCGAAAAGUCUGGAUUCCCUUCAUAACCUCUCCAAGGAACCCUACCCCGCACCUCUAGCACCCCCGGCCUCAGGAGCGAAUACGACAGGUUCAGCAAUACUAGAUACCUACCUGCAGCUGAUGAUGUCGACAGAGCAAGCAGCCGCUGCGAUGCAAGCUGCGAAUCUAGCGCAACUGAACGCUAUGGGCAUGGACAAGGCUUCUCAGCAGCAGUUCUUGGAAAAGAUGCAGCAAAUGCAAAGCGCUAGUGAGAUGAUGAUGAAAAGAAACGAUGAUAUCCGACGAGGGGAGUCAGAUAUGGUGAACCACGACAGGAACAACCAAGAUAAACAUCACGACGACCCUGACACGUCGGGUGGGGAGGAAGAUGAGUAUAGCGAAGAAGAGCUGGAGCGGGAAAGCGUGAAGGCUGGGGGGGAGUAGUGUUAAGGUUCUACAGUUAAGUUAUAAGAAUCGGAUCAGUUGCCGUUAUUCUUGCCUUACUGGAUGAUAUAACCAGUAAUGUUCUCUUGUUAUUCCAUCCAACUACCUCAGUUUGAAUCUCAUUUCAAAGAUAUUUAUUGAGACGUUUGAUUUUCAUAUACAUACAGCUCCGUGAGCUCGAAAAGGUGACACAGAUGGUACUUUUCUAAUAAUGGGUUGAUUGAAGCCUCUAUAAAUAUCUAUACGUACUACACCCUAGGACUGAUAAGUCCCUAAUAGUUUAUAUAGUUGAAAUUAUCUCAGAAAAUAGACCUGAUUUUAUCAUAAAAUUUACAAUUUUCAGCAAAAGCUGCUUUAGAAAAAAAGAUUUUAUUUUAUGUAUUCAUAACCAAGUUAUUUAUUUCUUUAAGAUGUUUUUAGUACCUCUAAAUAAGUGAGUUUGAUCUAAUUGUUAAUGCCAUAGUAAAUGUUUCAUAUAUGAUCAAAAGAACCGAUUAAAUAAUCAAUUCUUUAUUUCAACGUGAUAGAAUAGUUUCUAAAAUACAAAUUCAAUAAUAGAAACUUUAUAGCAUAGAUCAUAGUUUUUUAUAUACUAGACUUGAUUGUAACAGAAAUCUACUAUCAGUACCUGCUAUCAAAGAAAAUCAUAGGCGUCUGUCUGACAGACCACGGUUUGUAAACCUCAUAUAAUACAAUAUACACUCACAGAAAAAAUAUUGCAUAUUUUAUUUUGAGUCUGUUUUUGAAGUAUAUUUUUUUCUUUUGAAAAGUUUUGUACUUUAUAUUGUUAAAUAAGUUUUUCUGGUCUAUUCUACCUACAGUCCGUCUAAUUUACUUACCGUUGCACGUCAUUAUCUACGCCAGAGAUCUAAGUUGACAUAGUUGCCAAAGUAUAAAAAAGUCCUGCAUCCAUUUUAAAUCAAAUAGAUCACAUAAUCUUUGUAAAUGUGGAUUAUACAACAAAACAAAUUAAUAUUCAAUGUAAAUAAGUAAAAACUUAAGAAAUAGAGAACAAUAAUUAAGUUAUAAUCUUUUAAGAUUUGCAGUGCAAGCGUUUUUGCACUGCAUUGUUAAUAAUUAAAAACCGGCUCCGAACUCUUGGCAUGAACCCGGUAGGUUUCUUUGUAUAUGUCUAAAAUAACAACUAAAAAAGUUGUCAGAUAGGUACCUCGAUUAUUCCAAGUCGUAAUAAAAUUAGGUGAAAUUUAUAUUUUUAUAGUAGAGGAUGUUUUUAUAGUAAAGUAAAUAAAAAAACAGUAAAUAUAAUAAAACAGAUACUUCUAGUAAAGAAUAUAAACAAAUAUGAAGUGUCAUCACAGCAACUGUCAAAUAAAUGUUACCAAUUUAUUCUAAAAUGUCACCUUCGUUCGAUUACAAAUACAGUGUGUUCCGAACAAAUGUGCUGCAUAAAAACGCUUUAUAAUCCAUUUAUACAAAUUAAAUGAAACAUAUUAUUGUGUAUUUCUUUAGGUUAACAUUAAUAGAAAUCUUCAAAUAUUAUUUCUACGCGUAUAUAAUAAAAUAUGUCUAGUGGCUGUAAGUCCAGUGUACUCGGCAAAAGGAUUCUAAAAAAGAACAAACCUACCGCCUAAAUAUUUCGUGUUGGUAUGACGUGCAACGGUUAGUAAAUUAGACGAAGUACAUAUUCAUAGUAAGUAAAUUGCAUAUUGAAAAGCUACAACAAAUGUGUAGAGAAAAUAAUGAAAUAAUCUAAUUUUCCUUAUAACAUUUAAUUACAAAGAGAAACAAUAACGACAAUAGAAUACUUUUUUACGCAAGGUUGUAACAAUAGUACUUAGUAUUUCCUCCUAGCUCUAGCUCAUAACCUUCAUCGUUUUAGGCAUGCUUCGCAGAAGGUCCUGGAUGGCUUCUUGUGGAAGUCGAUUCGAGUCCUGCUGUGCAGCAAUUCUUAAUUCUGCAAUUGAGUUUGUUGAAGUUGUAUUUCUGGAUCGUAUACGUCGCUUUAGGAUAUACAAUACAACUUCUAUAGGAUUUGCUUCAGGACUCUGCUGGUGACCGGUCUAGAGCCUCAAUCCCAACAUCUUCAAGAUCUCCUAUGACUUGGAGAAUGUUGUGUAUGUAACAGUCAGCAUUAAUUUGAAUAUUCACCUCAAUAAGCUCAGUACUACUCUCCCAACUAAUGCCACUCCAUAGCAUAUUAGAACCGCCACCUAAGCUGUUGUGUACAAGAUUACAGUCUAUGAAACGUUCCCCAGACCUUCUGUAUACUCGACCACGUCCAUCUGGCUUCCAUAAUUGAAUCCAUGUUAUCUGUGAAUAGAACUCUUCUCCAUUGAUGUUCGUUCCAGUUGUCAUGGGCUCUUGCAAAUUGCAACUGUUGGGUUUUGUGUCUUAAGAAAAGCCAUGGAAAUCUGGCAGACCGUUUUGGAUUUAAACGAGCCUCUUUAAGUCUUCUCGUCACUAUUUUGACACUAACAUUAACUUGUCUUUUGAUCACUAAUUCAUUUUUGAGAUUGGAAGCUGUAAGUGUGUGACUUCGCAAAGAUUGAAGUCUCAAAAUAUUGGUCAUCUCUUGGCGUACAUCUUUUUCAUCUUUGACCAGGUCGCCGUUUGUAUUCUGAAGUCUCAUUUUUUCGAUUUACUAUACGAGAAACAGUCGAUUGGUGGAUACUGCAAGUCGACAAGAAAACUGCAGAAUUCAAAAAUGAAACCCUCCAACUGACAUUUCAAUAUUAAGCAACAAAGCAAGAAUCAUUGUAAGUUACCAAAGCAGACUUUGCAUACUAUGCAAUUUUUGUUAGUUUGUGAAAUUAUUGUAUCUUCGGCUAGAAAGACUAUGUCUAAGUAUUUUAUCUCUAAUAAUUUAACAUUUCAGCAACACAUUCUUCUUCUUCACGUGCCUUGUCCGUUUUAAACGGUGGCAAUUAAAAUGGCUAUUAUGACUUUAUUUACGGCAGAUAUGAAUAGUUCGGCAGAUGACAAUACGAACCAUUGACGUAAGUUGUGGACCCCUUCUGGUAACACAAUCAGGAAUAAAAAAAUACAUAACAUUUCAAAGAUAAAAAAUAAUAAUAAAAGAUGCAAUAUUUAUGUCUGUGCGUAUAUUAUCACGCGCCUAUGGUAUUCUUUUUCUCAUGAUCAUCUUUCAGUGCGUCACAGUUUUUCGAUUUCUCUCUAACGCAUUAAAUUGUAUGUGACAGAAAAAAAGGCACGUCUGGGAAUACUUCGGUAAUUAUUCUAGUUCGGUGAUUAUUCUAGUUGUCGAUAGAUGGCGCCAUAAUCAAAAAAGAAUUAUUUAUUAAAUAAAAUAAUAAUAUUAUCAAUAUAAUCUGUACAAUUUAUAAGACUAUACAAAUGAAAGAAAAUACCAUUUUAUAAAUGCAAUAGACACAAUUGAUUUGGUUUUAUUCCAAAUUGAAAAUAAAAUUUGACAACUGUCAGAUUUAACUAAAAUGUCACGUUAGAAUAAAUGUCAUAAAUAUGUAUUAUCACGGACUUACCUUUUUUUCUAUAAUUUGUGACGCACUGAAAAAUGUUCAUGAAAAGGAGAAUAGGUUUCUAUUUUAGUGUAGUCUAGUGAGUGGCGAUAUAGUACUAAACCCCGAACUAACGAAAGAGGAAACUGCUUUCGACCUACUACAAGAAAAGUACCACCAGUUCAUACAUAUACCUUAAAUAUUAAUCCAUCCGUCUACCUCAGAUAUAGUUAUAUAAUUGAUAGUUAUUCGAGUGCAAGAUAAUAAGGGUUUAAAAGUGUAUACGGUAUAUUUAGUAUGUAACGUUAAGGACUUCGUUGCAGUUAUCUGAUAACUAAGAAAAUGUCGAUGUUUUUGCAUGAAACGUACUCGUAGCCACGAUUUUUUCGAUAUGAAAACUAAUGUAGACGCUUUCUAUAAGCAACGGGUACUUUAUUUAUCAGAAGAAUCUUCAUUAUUAGACAAAAUUCAACUACUAUCAAACUAUUAUCAAUCUAAAAAUGAAUAAACAUUUUCAAUUUCGUUGCAAUACGAGACUACAGCCGAAUUAUAUUUUAAUGCAAUCAGAGAGUGCGGCAAGCACCCCUACCGGUUUCGAGACUUAUUAGUCUCUCGUCAGGAGGUGCAUAUGCAGCUCUCUCUGACUGAAUCAGAAUAACCCCCGGCGUCCAGUCAGGAAAUGCAACGAAAGAAAUGGUAGAGGUGCCUUAGCGACAUCUGCUAUUAUUAUCAAUCUCUAUGAAUAGAUCUAUCACUAUUGAAAACCUAUUUUGUCACUAAAACACUAAAAGCUAUAGAUUUUAAAAUAUUCACAUGAUUGAUAGCAUUCAUCAUCAUCAUCAUUGGCUUUACAACUCCUGGCCUGUCUUAUGUUUCGGAGCCAAUACAUUUUCUUGCGUCCUAUUCCUCUCUUGCCUUCAAUUUUACCCUCGAUUAUAAGUUGAAGCAACUGGUAUUUUUCGUUUCGCAUGAUGUGACCCAGAUAUGCCGUUUUCCUUUUCUUAAUGGUUUGGAAAAAUUGGCGAUCUUGGUUGAUUCUCUUAAGGACAUCCAAUUUUGUGACUUUCGCCGUACAUAGUAUCUUUAGGAUACGGCGAUAAAGCCACAUUUCGAAGGCUUCUAAUCUGUUUAUUUCCCUCGUUUUGAGUUUCAAGCCCUCUACGCCAUAUAGCAGAGCACUUAGUCUCGGUUGAAGAUCGAACUCUGAACGGGUCAGUACCUUCCUGAAUUUUACGAAAGCUUGUCGAGUUUGCUCAAUGCUACAUUUUACUUCCCUGUCCGAUUAAUUAAGACACCAUUAUCAGCAUAUUGUAUAUUGUUGAUCAAUCCUCCAUUCACUUCGAUUCCCAUCUCUGCAUCUUCCAAAGACUCUUGAAAUAUGGUUUCCGAAUAAAUGUUACGUACAUCCGUAGAUAGCCAAACGGGAGAUGUAGGCCCAGAGAUAACCAAAUCAGAGGUUAGUCAGGCAAUAAACUCUAUGAAAACCAAUAAAUCUGCUGGUCCAGAUGAAUUACCUAGAGAGCUGAUAAAGUUGGUCAACGAGAAAAACCUUUACAUAAUAGUAGAACUGUUCAACGCUAUCUAUACUACAGGAAUCAUCCCUAGAGAAAUAUUGACAUCAGCAUUUGUGUGUUUGCCAAAGAAAGUGCAUGCAAAAUAAUGCAGUGACUACCGAACCAUAUAAGCUUAAUGUCACAUACCUUGAAAAUUCUAUUGAAAAUUAUCCACGCCAGAAUACACUCUAAACUGGAGCUGGAUAUUAGUGACACUCAAUAUGGGUUCCGCAAUGGUAUGGGUACCAGAGAGGCAUUAUUCUCCUUCAACGUGCUGACACAGAGAUGUUUGGAUGUUGACCAUCCUCUUUACGUCUGUUUUAUAGACUACAAUAAAGCGUUUGAUGAAGUAAAACAUGAUCGACUCAUGGAAAUCCUAAAAAUAAAAACCUAGAUGAAAGAGAUAAAAGAGAUAAAACACUAAUAACACACCUCUAUUACAAUUAGCAAGUAAGAAUUGAAAAAGAAUCAUCGGAAGAAAUGGAAAUAAAGAGAGGAGUCAGGCAAGGCUGCAUACUAUCACCUCUUUUAUUUAACGCUUAUUCUGAAGAGGUAAUGCGAGAAACUCUGGAAGAUGAAACAGUCAGCAUAAGAGUAAAUGGAGUCUUAGUUAACAACAUCAGAUAUGCAGAUGAUACAGUAAUAAUAGCUGGUUUACAAGGCCUAUAAAGACUCAUGAGUAAAAUAGUAAGGUGUAGUAGGGAGUACGGACUCUCUCUCAAUAUCAAAAAGACGAAUGAAUUUACGAAUUUUAUGAAAAUUAGUAAAAACAACCAUAAUACUACGAAAUCUUGAUAGUAGAGGGCCAGCAGAUCGAAAGAGUAAAAAAGUACACUUACCUAGGAACACUUAUAACAGAAAAUAAUGACUCUGCAGAAAUAAAAGUCAGAAUCGAAAAAGCAUGUUUUAAUAAUUUUAUAAAAAUGAAAAAGGUCCUAUGUAGCAAAGAUUUAACAUUAGCUCUUAAAGUACGCCUAACAAAAUGUUACGUCUACAGUGUACUAUACUAUGGAGUGGAAUCAUGGACGUUAAAUGUAGAGACAAUGAGACAACUUAACGCCUUUGAAAUGUGGACCUAUAGAAGAAUUAUAAGGGUUUCCUGGGUAGAUAGAGUUACGAACAAUGAAGUACUGAGAAGAAUAGGUAAAGAGAAGGAAGUUUAACUUACAAUUAAAGAAAAUAAGCUACAGUAUCUCGGACAUGUGAUGCGGGGCGAGAAGUAUGGCAUCCUACGACUUAUAAUGCAGGGAAAGAUAGAUGGCAGAAGAAGCAUUGGAAGAAGACGAAUUUCAUGGUUGAAGAACCUGAGAGAAUGGUUUGGAUGCAGCUCAAAACAACUAUUUAGAGCUACUGCCUCAAAAAUUAAAAUAGCUAUGAUGAUUGCCAACCUCCGUAGCGGAGAUGGCACCCGAAGAAGAAGAAGAAAUAAAUGUUAAAUAAAAGAGAAGAAAGCACACAACCCUGUCGAACUUCUUAUAUGUAUGGGUUUGGAUAUAGAAUUGUCUAUUUUUAAUUGUGUCGUUUGAUACCAGUACAAGUUUUCAAUUCAUCUUAUGUGUCUUUUUGGUCUAUAUCAAACCAUGGUCACAACCAUGAUUCAAUCAUUUAUUUGUUUUAAAACCGGUAGUUUUCAGUAUUUUUUAUUGAAUUUAUACUGUUAUAAGAUUCUAAGCAAUAUAAUGUACUGACAGUAGUUACAGAAAGUAAUGAAAGAAAAAUUUUGUUUCUGUGGAAAUUCACAUUAUUUAUCAUACAUAUAUAACUAUCAACUUCCUAAUAAUGAAGAUCCUUCAUUGUUCACAAUCAUAAACAUAUUUAAUAAUAGAAAUAAUAAUAAUAUCCCAAGAAAACAAUACAAGGUGAUAAGUAUACAAAUAUUAAAUAUGUUUAAUUAAUUAAUAAUUUAAAAAAAAAAGUAUACAAAACAAUUCUAUCCAGGUGAAAAUGGUACAAACGCGUUUUUGCCUAUACAACAAUAUUUUUAUAAGUAUAUCUUUGAAUCAGCCGAAACGUUGCGGAAAUUUUCGAUAAAUUUUUACAUACGGCGUGAGGCAAACGUGUGGAAUGUUAUAAUUAUUUUAAGAACGGAACUAAAAAAAAUUUACAUUGUUGCCAAAUUGCCUGUUUUUUCACAAAUAUUACGGACUUUAUUUGUAGAGUUCUAAGAAAAUGGAAAUUUACGUUGUUGCCAAACUGUCUGUUUUUUCUCAAAUACUACGGACUUUUUUGCAGGGUGACAUAUCGCAAUUAGAUGAUUGAUUUAUCGCAAUUGGAGCUUUAGACUACUUUCAGGAGCUAAAGAGAAUGGGCAGAUUUAUGAAAACGACGAUUUACGCCCACACAACAGGCAUUAAAAUCAGCAUUACAUACUUAACUGACGAUGUUAAUCAAAACAAGGAAGGUUUGGGCUGUAAAUAACAUUUUUAUGUAGUAGUAUUAGAAAUAAUACUGCAGAAAUACUAAGAGGAGGACUUUUUUAGAUCUAAAAGAAAAAAAAUACGAUAAAAAAUGAAAAUAAACCAAGAAAUAAAUGGAGAGGAAGUUGUGGACGAUCUACAGAAGAUUAUUGAAAAGCGAGAAAAACAUAUACCUAACGGGUAGAAGUAAAUAAUCAUAGUAAUUGAAAGUUCCAUAGAUAUCUAUAGGGUUAUAUAAAAAGUUUCCAAUAUUUUCGGAAAAACUGAAGAUGUGGCAACAUUGUAAAUUUAAAAAGCUCGUAUUAAGCCGUAUUUGAAAUAUUUAAAGCAUUAUAGGAGUAGGUAUAUAAAAAGUUCCUAUAUUUUCGGAAAUAUUGAACAUGCGGCAACAUUGUAAAUUAAAAAACUCGUACUAUGCUGUAUUUAAAAUAUUUAAAGCAUUCCAUACUGUGGCUUUACUAUGUAUAUAAUUAUAACGUUUAUAACUUUAAUUUACGUAGGUUAUCGCUACGUUUGAAGAAGAAUACUUCUUAGAAACGUAUACCCGAUAGCCUGUAAGUUAUAGACCGUUUUAAAAACGAUACAGCUUCCUAUAAAAAAGCAAUUUCGUAGGCAAGGUUACAAUCAGAUUCGAUAAACUGAAAACAAUAAUUUUUUGUAAAUAUUAUACCGUUCUCAGGUCCAUUACAAUAUCAUUCUUAUUGAGUACAAAUUGCCGUGUAUGACUUAUCUUAAUUUUUUUAACAGAAUAGUUCAUUAUCAGGAAAUAGCUCAUAUUUUUGCCAUAGUUGAGUUGUUGACUUCUAAAGGAUGAUGUAUCGAUUAUAACACUAACAGACUAUAAAUCAAUCAAGUUCUGCAUAAAUGACAUUGUAAACGGAAUGCAUAGAUGUGAAACUUCAACUUGAUCUUCUUCUUACUUGACUCUACAACUCUUGGCCGCAUUUCCUCCACUCUUGCUGGUCUUUUGCAAUAAUCUCCCAAAACAUAUUUAGGUUUUAUUGUUAAACUAGUGAUGCGACAGGGGAUCCAAUCAAUUGCCUUAUACAGUCACUCUAUAACUUCCUCCUGUGUUAUCGUACCUCUUUCUAAUUUUUUCUGAAUCCCUCAAAUUUUUUCUGAUUUCCACCCACUUUUACUAAGUCCCUCCAAUAUUAUUGUGUCUUCUUUUAAUUUUUUCUGAAUCCCUCCAAUUUUUUUCUGAUUUCCCACCACUUUUACUAAGUCCCUCCAAUAUUAUUGUGUCUUCUUUUAAUUUUUUCUGAAUCCCUCCAAUUUUUUCUGAUUUCCCCCCACUUUUUUUAAGUCCCUCCAAUAUUAUUCUGUCUUCCUCUAAUUUUUUCUGACUCCCUCCAGUUUUUUUAUUACCUCCCCUUUUUCUGAGUCCCUCCAAUUUUUCUGGGUCCUCUAAGUUUUCCUGACUCGCUCUAAUUUUUCCUCGCUCCUUCUCAUUCUGUAAUGAAGUGCUUGUCUGUACAAAAUUGGCAGCGAACGUCCAUUGCUCCACAGGAAUGCUCAGUGACUGCGUCUUCAUCAUCCAGCAUUACUUCUACGCCUUCUUGCAAGCGACUUUGUGCAAGAUUCACCCUUUGGUUGCUUAUAUUUCUUUAAGAAGCAAGUUGUCGAUUUUUUUUCGCUGUUCAGGUGUCUCUCGUUGCGAUCGCUCCUUUCGCAUCUGUACCUCUCGAGCCAAUCUAACUGGACAAUUCUUAACGUUUUCUUGAGCUUGAUGGAGACGCUGCCACUCAGCAUCACGGUCCCUUCUACUGGCCACUUCCUCUAGAGUUUGCACACUUUGGCGAACUUGGCAGUGCGGCUUCUUGUGCCAACCUUGCGUCCUUAGUUUUGAGAUCCAGAUGACGACGAAGCUGCACCAAGUCGCCUUCCCUUCUGCUGGCGGCUUCCUUUGAAGUUUCCUGCCAUUGGCCUGCCUGCAGAAGGACUGAAUCUUAAUCUAAUCGACCUAGCCUUUCAACGUCAUCUUCCCAUGAUCUUCGUGUCCUCUGUGACGCGGAUUCUCGCUGCUGUCUCCUUAAUCUAGCUUUAGAAGCUUCUAGCUUUCAGAGGUUGUUUUGUUAGGAUCGAGUUGUGUUUGGUUCCAUAUUGCAAGAAAGUAUGUAUAGUAUGUACAUGCCAAUUGGUAGUUCGGAUUUCUUCCCUAGGUGGCGCUAGAAGGUAUCGUCCUGGACAAACCACGUCUCCGCUUGACGUGUCAUCCCUGCCUUUUACUAAAUUAGGAACAUUAAUCGUUACAUCAUCCUUUACAAAUUUUUUUUUAGUCAUAUCUAGUGAUAACAGUGAUAAACAAUUCAGGUAUAACAGAGUAGAGAUAAACUCAUAUUUGUAGAUUCAUCUUCUGCCAGUCAUUAGCUAUAAGUCCAAUAGUGCUUCGUUAUCGUAGAAUUUAGUACUUCCAUAACACAACUUCCAUAACCGACCGUGAGAAACAAGCUCGUACUUAACUUUUUGUAUUAUAAACUUUGUUACAGCCCAUUGUGAUUGUUUUCCAAAAAUAUGUGUUUUUAGUGAAGUUCCAGAUUACAUUUAAGACUUAGAUAUGUCACAGAUUAUCAAAAGAACUCAACUGCAAGUGUUUUAACAAUAUCAGGUGAGAUUCACACUAAAUUGACAAGUUUAAACAAAAAAAAUCUCGAAAAUGCGAUCAUGUUUAAGAGACUGAAAAUUUCACUCUUUUAUACACAAUUAAACAGCAGUGUUUUAUUAUUCCACGAAUGAUAACCUUAUUUUGAGUAUUUCUGUAUCCUAAUUUCACGGUUUAGGCAUUUUUGUGUGUCUUUGAUGACGUCAAUGUCAUUGACAUUUGACGUAAGAGGCAAAAAUUUGUUUAAACUAGUUAGCACAAGUACAAAAUGUUAAUCUAAAAAGAAGAAAUCAAAGAGAGAAAGUAGAGAAUGAAUAAAAUACGAGUAAAACAGAUAUCAAACGAAGUAAAUUAGGUACAAAAAAUCCAAGUUAUUCAGUAUUUUGCGAAUUAAUGUGCACACACCAGCAAUAAUUUGAACUAAAGAAGAGUUAUUAACUAUAGAAUAAGAGAAAAGAUAACAAUUUAAAUUGUUUUCAUUAUAAAUAAAUGCACUUUCCUCGGUGCGUAGCCGUCUGAGACAUGUUAACCGUAGACAAGGCAUACUGAGCAAAAAAGCGUAACGCGCGGCAGUCGAUCGGUGGUCAAUCUAUCUCUUUUUACUAAUCGAUACCGCUCAUAUGACGGACAAAGAUGGCUAGACUAUUCAAAAUGAAUAUUGACCAAUGGCGUCCUUGAUAUCGGCGUUACACCUCGAUGCACAGAGCGGCCCAUAGCUAGUAGCCUAAUCUACAGGUUAAUAUAUCUAUGGUAGCCGUCGUUGUUUGAAGAGACCAUCGUAUUAAAUGUGGCAAUACUGUCGAGCUGUCAAAUAGAGGCCUAUUUAUAGAUAUAAUAAUGGAAGUGUGGAAGAAUGCUUAAAGAGUUUGAAUUUGAAGCCAUUGGUUUUGUUAUUUUUAUUAUGUAUUAAUAUUUUCUCUCCUAUUCAUGGGCCUUAGCACCAUCUGUGUUAUAUAUUUUGGAAGCCCUGGAAAUUUUUGGAAAAUCACUUUCUCUGAGAAAGUCUAUUUAUUGGAAAAGUUUUUAAAAUGCCAUCAGAAUGCAUACGUAAACAAACACGAUAUUUUUUAUAUAUUUUAAACCUGAUAUUUUUAUAGGACCUCUAUGAACGUUGCCAAAUUUCAAUGUUCUGGAUGUGUGUUACGGGGGCUAUGUUAAUAGUAAUUUUGGAAAUGGUCCCUGACUAUCGCAGCAAGCAGCUUAUGACCACAACCACACAUGUAUAAAAAUGUGACGUGUUGCUAACUAUAAAACAAGUAACAGUAUGAAAAAUAUGUUCACGUUAAUUCGCACAGUAUUGUAGGAAUAAAAGCAUGGAAAAUAAAAUAAAUAGUACGGGCACAAAAUAUAAGAAAGUAUGGACAAAAACCGUUUUUUUUAUCGUUAAAAAAUAUGUUUGUUUAAAUAAUUGACGGUUGAGAAUAAAUCUGUGACGUAUCUAAGUAAAUGUUGAAUCCUUAGUUGUUCUUCCAUUUUAUAAAAGUUGCAAUAGGCAGUAGGAUAACGUUUUUUUCGAAAUGAAAUGUAACGUAACUUAUGUUUAUACCUCGUCAUUAUUCUUGCUUUUCGCUAUAAAAUAUGGGUAUAUAGUUGUUGAAAAGCUUUCUGUUUGAAAUAAAAAAGUGAGUUGGAGAUAGAUAGUAUAUAUAUAGCGAUCUAGCAUUAGAAUAGAGGUUAUUGUUAAAUAUUUCAUAAGGUCUAGAUAUAAGUAUACAAAUUUAAUGUAGGUAUGCCGUAAGAUAUGAAGCACCUCAUUUAUACAUUAAUACUUAAAUGAAUAGGUAUUUAAAUUUGCUAAUAUUGGGAACGAUUUUGAGCUCGUAAAAAUCAAAAUACGUUGUUGCCCAUUACUCAGAUUUUUCUGAAUUACUCAGACUUUGCUGCAAUUUUGGCUGAAGUUCAACAUCCCCUAAACCUCAGAAGAGAAUUCUUAGCUAUUAUUAAUAUAUUGUUCAUCCAAGGCUUCCAAGUCGAAGGCUUAUGACUUUCAUAAACUGUUAUAAAUCAUAUACAGAGUGAAUAAAAAACUGGAUAUACCUAAUUAUGUCUUAAAGGGACGGUCCGAAUUAUACAAAAACAGAAAAACAACUAUUUUGAAGUUGAUAUUGACGAAGAUGUUGCCAGAUUUACCAUUGUUCUGAUAUCAUCAGUCACUUUGGUUUUUUUUAAAUACAACACCCUGUAUAUUGUACUUUUAUUGAACUACCUCCACUUCAAUAAUAUGGAUUCCUGAUUACCUGCAACACUUGCUGGUUUAGUUUUAUAAAUUCUACUUUUCAAGUAUCCCCAAUCAAAAUAGUCUUUAGGAUUCAAACCGGGUGAACGAGGAGGCCAUUAAAUACUGCCUAAUCUACCACUCCAUCACCAGAAAAAUGGUUUAUCUAAAUGACGCCGAACGUUUACAUCAAAAUGAGCUGAGUUCCGUCUUACUAAAAACAUAUCUCAUUAAAUUGGCUCGUCAUUUACAAUUGUAUUGAUUGUAUUCAUCAUUACCUCACGUAAACUGUAAUCUACUAUCGUAGUCAUGUUCAUUUAAUUCUUGCAAUAUCUGAAUUUUGUAAAGCUUAAAAAUGAAUCUAAAGUUUCAUUGUAAUUUAUUUAUUUUAUAACAGUUUUUGUUUGGUUUGCCUGUUCGAAUUCUCUAUAGCCAUAGCCCCCGCCCACCAUAUUAAAACAAUAAUAUCAACUGUCAGCUUUAGUUAUUAUUAAUACAAUUUGUUUUACAAAACUUUUCAAUAAAUUUCAAGCCAUUGUUAGUUUUAUGAAUUAAUGUCAAAAUCACAGCAUUUUAUAUUUACUAAAUUACUUCAAAACGAUUUGGCACUGAGAAGUUUUAUUUAUUUAAGACCUUUGUGGCUAGACGAAAUACCAAAUGUUACAUAUAUAUGGUUAAACUCGUAGUGAAGUGGGGAUUCCAAUAAUAAUAGAAUAUACAGAGUGUUGUAUUUAAAAAUCCAAAGUGACUAAUGAUAUCAGAAAAAUGGUAAAUCUGGCAACAUUGCAAGCAUUAUAUUUGAAAAAUCCAUAUUGCAGAAAAGGCGUAUGACUGGUGUUUGUCCAAUUCAGAUCAUCAAUUUAAGAGAUAAUUAAGCGUUUUUAGACUCUUGGUCCACUCUUAACUUCUUCUUUCUAAACUGUUGAUUGAAUAGUUUUUUUUUUUCUAUUUUUCGGCAAUAUUCUUACGAGUUCGGAAUUUUUUAUAAUGAGAGCAAAUUUAAGUACUCGUUUACAGUUACUUGUUGAUAAAUCAGUAAAUUCCGUACUUAAGAAAAAGGUUUAAAUAGUAUCCUUACGUUAAAAAAAGGGUAGACAUUAUUAUACAAAUGGUGCUUUUUUGUUUAUUUGCACAUAAUGGUCAUUAAAUUUUGAGGUACGUUGUUGUAUAUAGUUAACAGUUGUUAAUUCGUUUAAUAUUUUGUAUAUAAUUAUUUUAAAGCGUAAUUUUAGUUUGAAUGUUGUACAGGAGGUACUGUCUUUUACUACAAGGUUCAGUGGUUCCUGUUAUUUUUGAGUUUUAGCAGGACUACCCUCUGUUUGUUGACUUUUCAAGUAGUUCCGUAAAACAGCAAGUUGGUGCAACAUAUGCCUAUAAAGGGCACCCCCGUUGAGAUAGGCAAAAUGCCCUCAGUACCAGAAUUCAAUUUUUUUAUUUUAUCUACGUUAAAUGUGAUUAAAAAAGAAGAGACAGCGCAAUUAUCGCUGGCACCUUCAACCCUACCCCAAAACAUAAUUUUUUCGUUAUUAUUUUUAGCGUGUAACUUCUUUUGGCAAUGAUGCAAAUCUAUUUUUUGUGUAUUUUAUCAAAAAAUAUAUUUCUGAUUUUUUCGUAAGGUGCGCCAGCUUCAAAAAACCGAAAAACGGAUUUUUUUAGGGGGUUUUGAGGGUUUUCCCCAUUAAACUUUAAAAUAAACCAAUUCAAUGUUUUUAUAGGUUAUACUUUGAAGUAACUGGUUCCUUUAAUAAAAAAUUGGGCGAAAACACCUUAAAACCCCAAAAAACAUACAUUUCAGGAUUUUUAAGGUUUUUGCGAAUUUUUGAGGGGUUGAAUCACAUUUUUUGAGAUCAGGGCAACCUGAAUCAAUACAUCCCCAAUUCAUAUUAAAAAAAUAUGAAAAACAAUAGUUUUAGGCCUGAAAGAAGCAAAUACAAUAAUAAAACAGGUUUUCAAGGGCUGUUUUUACUAGAUUUACCCAACUUUUUUUUACGUUUUUAAAUCAUUGAACAGCACGUUUUCAAAAUUUUUAUAGAAUAACAUGAGACGAUGUUAUUUAUAUUUAUUUUAUUUAUAUUAAUAUUUCCCAUAUUCAGAGAAGCUAGAGUGUUCUUGAAACACGCGAAAAACACGGUUUUCAAGGGCUUUUGGGUGUUUUUGCUGGAUUUUUCUAAUUUUUAUGCUCCUGAGAAACCAGCCAGAUGAUGAUUUUUCCAGCCUUAAAGAAUUAUAGGUAUGCAACUUUAUCUUAUAAGGAAAAAUCCAGUUCUUUAAAUGUUUUUUGAAGUUUUUGCUGGAUUUUUCAAUCUUUCAUCCCCAAAAACCCCUAAAAGAACAGUUUUUCGGUUUUUGAAUAUGGAGAACCUUACCGAAAAAUCUGGAAAAAAUCAGAAUUAUAUUUUUUGAUAAAAUACACAAAAUAAAAAAAAUUAGACCUGAGCAAUCUUCAAAAAAAACUUAUGUACCUACACUCAACCUACGGGUAUAUAAACAAUAGAUAAGUUUGGUAAAAGUCUGCCAACACUAAACAUUCACCUCAAACCCUGAAGAGGACAAAAUCCUAAACGGGGAAGCACAUUGUACGCAUUUCUUCUAAACAUUUUUUCUAGACAAGCAAAUCAAACAAUGAGAUGAUGAUUGGUAAAAGCCUCAGUUAUGCGUGCAAAUUUUUUGAAAUUUCAAAAUUGAUUGAUUGCAACCUAUCGAAAAAAAAAAUAAAUCCUAAAAAAUGACUCUUUUGGGGGUAAGAUUGAGGAUGGCAUUGAGCCUAUCUUAACAAGGGUAUCCUUUCUAAACUCUUGUGGCAAUAAAAAAAUACUAACUUGCUGACAAAGGUCUUACUUUUUUCUCAGGUUGAGCCAAUCUUUAUACACUAUGUGAUGUAAUAUUUUGAUAUUGUUGUUUUUCCAUAAUACCUACCUCAUUUUUAAGAUUUUUAUAGACAGAUUUUAAAGACAUAGAAACUCGCAGAUCUCUCUUUUACAAUAACGCCGGUAUUUUUUGUACUUAAAACAAAAUAUCAAAAAAUAUAUAGAGAAAGAAAUAGAUUUAGUUUGUACAGUUGUUCAAAUAGACAUUUGCAAAUGUCCUUGAUAUAGAGGAAAAUGGCGAGCUUAAAAGAUAAGUGGGUGUGCAGUGCCAUAGUAGAAGAAUAAAGCGUAUGAAAAGGAAGACACAUUAUGUCUCAAGAAAUGCAAAUAACCUUAGCGUGGUUCCUAAUUAUAAGUCGGUUCCUCAACAAUACAUUUUUUAAUUAAAUAUUGUAAACUAACGAGACGUAGCAAUAUCUCUGACACAUAAAGCUUUCCAGUAUAUCAACCACGUCAAACUAACAAUAUUUGUUAGUGGCUCUAAUUAUUACAAACGAGAGUAUACGUUAGUACACAUAGAAACAACCACAGCCCCACAUUGGUCGCCAAUUUUUUUCAAAAUAAAAUCACAACACGUUAUUACAGAUUGGAACAAAGCAUAACCGUAUAGACCAGGGCGCAUCUGUAAAAAUAUUAGUACAUUUGGACGUUGAGAGGUGACUCAAAUUUUUUUACAGAAAUUGCUUGAAAAUAACUCAAAUAAUAAUAUUUGAGUUAUCCUCCCUCUCAAAAAGGUCCGGAACAUUGUUUAAAUAAUCAAAAUGUCAAAAAAUGAAGGAAAAAUUCGAUUUUUUUCUUCGUUUUUUGACUAUAACUUUAAAAGUAUUAAUUUCCGAGAAAAGUUGUGUAAUUAAAUUUACUACAAUAUAGAAUUGGUUAAAGAUUUAAAAAAUAGUCACCCUUGUUGCAAAAUAGCAAUAAUUGCGAAAAAACCAUACAAAAGCAAGUAUUCGCAUUUUACGUUUUUUAACCAUUUAUGCUGCACUUAGGACCUUCAUAUUACACCCAGAAAAACUUUAUGAUACAGUUAAACAAUACUGUAAAUUUCAUUAAGAUCGGUUCAAUAGAUUUUGCAAAAUAAAUUUUGCAAUCCAGCUUUCGCAAAAAAUUUAUUUUUUCAAAAUGUUACAGGACUGAGAAUAAAGCAGAUAGCAAGUUGAAAUUUUUUUGAUUAUAGAAGUGCACUGUACCUUUCAUUUGCAGUUUUCAAAAUUAAAAUCGAUUAACUACCACGGCGUCAGGAAUUUUUUUAAAUAAACAAUAAUUAUUGGUGCUGCGCGCAGGACAGCGGAUAGUUUGCUCUGAUUGGGCAUUCCAAUGACCUUUGAUAAUGAUUGAUACAUUUUAAUUUUUAUUACAUUUCGAUAUAAAUAAAUAAAUUUGUUUAUUGCAAAAUAAAAACACAUACUCUAUCCUUUGAAAUAACACUUUUUUAGCAAAAACUUUCUUUGUUCAUUUAUUUUAAUUUAGAGAAUAAAAGUUUAUUAUUUUUAAAAAUAUGCAAUUGUUUAAACAAUAUUUCACAAACAAUAAUAAAAUUAGUUUGAUUUUUGUGGAAUUAAAAUAUUAAAAUACAACAGAAUAUAGAGUAAGAAAAUAAUAUAUUAGAUAAAGAUUGGAAGAAAUUUUGGUGGAAAUCAACUUGUGUGAAUCGAACACCGCUGUCCUGCGCGUAGCACCAAUAAUUAAUGUUUAUUUAAAAAAAUUCCUGACGCUGUGGUAGUUAAUCGAUUUUAAUUUUGCAAAAUUGCAAAUGAAAGGUACAGUACACUUCUAUACGCAAUAAAAAUUUCAACGUGCUAUCUGCUUUAUUUUCAGUCCUGUAACAUUUUGAAAAAAUGAAUUUUUUUUGCGAAAGCUGGAUUGCAAAAUUUAUUUUGCAAAAUCUUUUAAACCGAUCUUAAUGAAAUUUACAGUAUUGUUUAACUGUAUCAUAAAGUUUUUCUGGGUGAAAUAUGAAGGUCCUAAGUGUAGCAAAAAUGGUUGAAAAACGUAAAAUGCGAAUACUUAUUUUUGUAUGGUUUUUUCGCAAUUAUUGCUAUUUUGCAACAAGGGUGACUAUUUUUUUAAAUUUUUAACCAAUUCUAUAUUGUAGGAAAUUUAAUUACGCAACUUUUAUGUCAGUACAUCUUUUCUCGAAAAUGAAUACUUUUAAAGUUAUAAUCAAAAAACGAAGAAAAAAAUCGAAUUUUUCUUCAUUUUUUGACAUUUUGAUUAUUUAAACAAUGUUCCGGACCUUUUUGAGAGGGAGGAUAACUCAAUAAUUAUUAUUUAAGUUAUUUUCAAGCAAUUUCUGCAAAAAAAUUUGAGUCACCUCUCAACGUCUAUCUCAAAACAGAUGGGCCCUUGACUAAUACGAUUAUCGAAUAUCGCCAAAACUUAUAUUUUCGUAAUGUAUACAGACGGAGAUAAAUACAAAAACAAUAUCAGUCAGUUGGCUUUAAAAUUUUGUACGUUGACCAUAUACGAAUACACAUCUUUUAUGUAUCCAUCAUCAUAAUUUUCUUGUAAAAACAUCAAAUCCCUGAGAAUAAUUAAUAUCAUGCUGUAUAUAUUUGAUGCCCAACAUGGGGCAUAUACAUAGCGCUCACGUUUGGCGCUAAAUGUAUGACAAAAGUUUAUAUUUUGUUACAGAGCUUCUUUUUCUUCCUCCUCCUUUUUAUAAGCAAUUCUGCUUGUUCAUUGAUUGAUACUUAUAAAAGGUUGUCACUCCAUCUUCUGCGCAAUCGGCCGAUACUUUUUCUACCUAUUGGUAAUUUAUCUUUUGCUAUUUUGAUCACACGGUUCUCUCCAAUUCUGCUUAUGUGUUCGUUCCGUUCAUUUUUUCUAUUUAGUGUCCACUGUACGUUACAUUUUCUUCUAAAAAUGUCUUCACUCCUCUUUCGAUCUCUCAGCGUAUUUGCUGUAAUUAUUCUCAGUACUCCUAUCUCUAGCGUUUCCAGAAGUCAUUAUAUUGGUCUUCCACUGGCUUUAUAAAUUCUUGAAGUCAUCUCAGUGUCAGUCUAUUUGCUUUUUGUACUUCGCUUUUUCUGCCUGCAAUGUUGUUAGGUGGAUAGAGAGUAGCUUGAUAGAACUGCUGUGUCCCAAGCCGGGAAAGGGGAGAAGGGGUCUACAGCCAGGUUAGCACCCUAUUGAUAGACUUUAAAACCAUAUAGCUCAUAGAAACAGGAUUAUGCCUCGGAAAGGAACGAUUUCAUUGUUACAGAGCAAGCGAAGCCAUUUUAUUCCGGUUUCUUCUAUGGCUUCGAUUUUUUCUGCUGUUAUCAUUCUGGACCUGGUAGUUUGUUAUUCUUGAGUUUACUGAUCGCCCGUCUUAUUUAAUUCUCGAGUAUAUUAUGCUCUUCUUCCAUUUCUUAGAAUUUUGGUAAACAAGUUUAUACAUUAUAUCUUCUUUACUUGGAUAUUUAACACGUCUUAGUAUAAAACUGAGGUUAAGAGGACACAAUCUAAACUUUUUUUAUAUUGGUAUCCCUCUGGAGUUUUUUACAGUAACAAAAUAAUACAUUUGCAUUUUUUGUGGUGUUUAUCAAAAAAAGAAAUAUUGCUGUGUCUCUCAGUAAACCCAUAGUAUAUACCAGUGAACCUUCAUUCAAAAUUUUAUUGUUGGGGUACUGGGUGCCUUCAUUUUUAUUUAACUGGCUGUUAAUGACAGGCAAACUGUCAAUUGUCGACGGCCACAAAGAGUUCCUAAACCAAAAAUUUUCCUUCAGCAAAGGAGAAAAAUACAAUUAAAAUAAUAAAGAAUUACGUGUAACUUUUAUAUAGCAUAGUAAAAAACUGUUAUGAUUCCGAAGUAUAGUUUUGCUAAAAAAGGCGGCAGUAUAUACACUAUUAUUAUUAAGAAGAUACGUGUAUGUGUAAUAGAAUCUUCUUUGAAAAACAUUUUGACCGAAAACGCUACGUUAUAUUGUUACCAAAGGAUUUUUCAAAAAAGAUCUUUUAAAUUUGAAUUUUAAACAAGAUUUUAAAUACACGUUUAUUUAUUAGAAUAUGUCAGAAGUCUACAUUUUAGGCAAUUACUCGCGAUAUGUCAAUGUCAAAGAGUCUACAUUUUAGGCAAUUUUUCGCGAAGUGACAAAAUAAUAGCUACAAGAGUUGAAAUGUUUUUUAAAGAGUAUUCUACUGUGUAAACUGUAAUAAAUAGAAAUAAAUACCUCUGUAUGUUUAUAAAAUUAUUUGCAUUUCUUUUUUAUUUAUACUUAUGUACUUAAUUUUUUGUAAAGAAAGUUUAUUUUUGAGAUUUUUAUCAUUUAUUUCGUGAAAAUGUUCCUGUCUCGUUUGAGUUUUUAGGGAAGUUAUUUACGUUAAGUUUUUUCUUUAUUAUAUUGUUAGGUUAGAGGUAGGUGCAAUAAAUAAGACCCAUUUUUUCGUAGAAAAACUUAUAAGAAAAAUACCUUUUUGCCAUAUUAUUACUUUCUUUUUUAUCUUUAUUGUGUACUGCUUGGGUAUCGUUUAUACAUAAUAAAUUAAUAUUAAAAUUU